AUGGCAUUAAUAUUCGGUCUCCAAGCGAAUCUAAUCCUCAAACUACGACGCGAUCCGCGCCCCUUGUCCAAACUUCCUCCGUACCUCUCCGCGUUCCUCAUUCUUGUCGGUAUAAUAUGGCUUCUCCUGCUGCCGUUGAACGAAUACUCUCGACAAACAUACAUUUCUGAAAAUGCGUUGUUGCCGGGACAAGUGCACACGUACUUCUCGGGGAGCGACCAGAAUAUAUUCCGGGGAUAUAGGCAGGAGAUUGAAGCGGUCAAGGACGCGGAGUAUGAUGUGGUUUCGCAAAAAUUGCAAUCGAUUUUCGCAGAAUCCGGCUUGAAGGUUGCGACCCAGAAUUACGAAUAUCGGUCUGCAGGCCAUCGCCAUUCGGGCCAAAAUGUUUAUAGUAUCAUCCAGGCCCCCCGGGGCGAUGGUACAGAAGCAAUUGUUCUGGUCGCCGCGUGGAAGACAAUCAAGGGUGAACCCAACCUCAAUGGCGUUGCACUGGCUUUGACUCUAGCCCGGUACUUCAAAAGAUGGUCUCUCUGGUCCAAAGAUAUCAUUUUCCUAAUCACGCCGGAUAGCAAAUCCGGCGCUCAGGCAUGGGUUGACGCCUAUCAUGACAUGCACCCUCCAUCUGUGGAGCCGCUGCCCCUCAAGAGCGGCGUCCUCGAAGGUGCUCUGGUUUUUGAAUAUCCCUUUGACCAUCGUUUUGAAUCCGUGCACAUAGUCUACGACGGGGUCAACGGCCAAUUACCGAAUUUGGAUUUGUUCAACACCGCAGUCUCAAUAUCCAGUGGGCAAAUGGGCAUCCGGGCAGAAUUGCAAGAAAUGUGGAAUCACAACGAUAGCUACAAGAUGAGGCUGCGGACUAUGCUUAGAGGCAUGAUGAGGCAAGGCUUGGGUAGCGCGGCGGGACUUCAUAGCAGCUUCAUUCCGUAUCACAUUGAUGCGAUCACGAUCCAAACAACUGGAGAGGGAUGGCAAGAUGAGAUGGCUCUAGGUCGGACAAUUGAAGGCUUGGUUCGAAGCCUAAAUAACCUAUUGGAGCACCUGCAUCAGAGCUUCUUCUUCUACUUGUUGAUGCAAGCGAAUCGGUUUGUGAGCAUUGGAACAUAUCUUCCCAGUGCUAUGCUGAUUGCAGGGAAUUUUACAAUCAUGGCUAUUGCGUUGUGGAUGAAAAGCGGAUAUUCGGCGCCUGAAGCACAGCCAACUUUGGAAAAGGUAGAAAAAGCAGGCGAAGGACAGCCAGCAAGCCAGGCAGACAGUGACUCCCCCGUGAAGGGAGAGACUAGCGGAACCCUGGAGCGGCAUCUUGCGCUCCCGGUUGGUUUGGUUCUUGGGCUGCAUUUCCUUGGGGCCGUCCCUCUUUAUCUUUUCAAUCACCUCUCUCAACAAUUCCUCGCUUCGACAGCAUACUAUUUCGCCUUCAUCAAUAUCCUCACCCCACUCGUACUUGCGACCAUACUUACACGAUUUCAUGCUCCCACAGCCCAGCAAUUCCUACUUAUCAAAUCGUUCUCUCUUCUCUUGCUUGGCCUCUUCCUCUCCGCGCUUGCGACCUUGAACUUCUCUCUUUCCCUCUUAAUGGGGCUAUUCUGCACCCCUCUUUCAUUCGCAGGAUACAUUAAACCCACGUCGACAACGUCCACCUCGCCCACCUCGCCCACCAGCGCCAAGCUGACACUUCCCAAGGACACUAAAGUCUCUAAACCAUCGCCGCUGACGCCUUGUGUUCUUGCUAGGGUAGUAGUGGGCCUGGUGGUGUUGAACUUGGUUGCCCCAAGCGCGGUUCUCUUGGUGGCUUGCAAGGUGUGGAAUGUUUCCGUGGAGGACAUCCUCACCGAGGCUGCAUUCGGAUGGAACGUAUGGGGAAUGUGGACGCAGGUAGCUGUGUGGUGCGUUUGGUGGCCGGCCUGGUUAGCUGGGGUGAUGGGGACAGUCUCGUCAGUGUUAGUUUGA